AUGCGGAGUCCCUCCUCGUCUCGCACCCGCCGCCGCCUCUUCGCCUCGCUCACUCUCUUCGUGCCGAUUUUCCUCGUCCUCGCCACGUGUUCGCGCCUUUCCCUGCCACGUGUGCGCUUCUCACUGCGCCUCGAAUGGCCCGACGGCCGCCCGUAUCAUAACGUCAGCAGCGGCCUCCCUGAGAGUGGCCAUGUGGCGGCGAGCGCGAGUCGUCGGCGGGACCUCGCGGAGAUUCCGUCCGCCGCACCCCCGCCGCUACUACCUCCUCCCGUGUGCGAGUGCCCCGCGUGCCCCGCCAGCGACAGUGGCCCUGGCGACAGUGGGCUGGGGGAAGAGGGUUCGAGAAGCAGUGGUGGAGCAGGGAGCAACGGAGCGGAGGGGGGAGGCGAGGCGGAGGCGACGUGGGGCGAGAACCACGCGUUCCGAGUGCAUCCGACGAGCAUCAGCCUGUUCGCCGUCGUCAGCACUUACCGCACCGACGAAGCUAGCUUCAUGGUGGUGGGCGAGUCGCUGCUGGGCGCACAGCUGCACUUUGCUGGCGCGCUUGUGGACGAGUGCGUGUGGCAGGGCGCGGGGGAAGGUGACGGGGGAGAGAAGGAGCCUCUGAUCGUUGCUCCUGCAGAGACCUUGCAUGUUGUUUCUGCUCUCAACCAAAAGAAACACUACGUCACCAGCCGUGGAUUCUGCUGGUCACCUAUUCUCCCCUCUCUUUCCUCCCCACCGCCAGCUGCGCCUCUCGGAGCACAUCUCCCUCCCGUGGGGCGCGCUGCUCAUCUUAGUGAUCUCACGUGCCACCUUAAUCCUCUUCAUCAUCCACCCAUGCUCCCCUCUCCCACUGGCCAUUCUCUCCACCACCACCAGCUGCGCCCCUCGGAGCACAUCUCGCUCCCCUGGGGUGCGCUGCUCAUCCGCUGCGCCUUCAACGCAUCAGUGGGCAGCAACAGCAGAGGCGGCGUGCUGUCAGUACUCAAGCGCUCAGAGCAGCAGCGGCAGCGCCGCAGCGUCGCCCACGAGCACUCCCAUGCCGUCGGCUUCGACGUCCACGGCGCCUCCCCCCUCACCCUGCACACCGCCGCCAUGCCCGUCUUCCGGGAGAAGCCCGGCGGCUUCGAUAUAGUCACAUCCCCGCUCAAGUACAAUCUCACUCACUGCAGCGGGUCGCUCUUUGGGCACAUCGAUCCGCGGGCGCUGGGGGAUUGGAUUCGGUACCACCACGGGGUGGUGGGUGUGGAGAAGUUUUUCUUGUAUGAUCAUGGGGGGCUCACUGUCGAUAAUGACACGGCAGCGGUGGUGGCGCCUUAUGAGGAGACGGGGGUGGUGACUGUGGCUGCUUUACACGGACUUAGACGAGUCCAUCUUCAUGCCUCUCACCCGUCCGCUUCACACCCCCCUCUGCCCCCCCAACCUCUUAAAUCCCCACUCCCCAUCGCCAGGUGGCUGCUCUACACAGACCUCGAUGAGUACAUCUUCACGCCGCCGCCCGCCACCUUCCUCUCGUGGCUUGACCGCCUGCCGAGCAACUCGUCAUGGGCCAGUAUGGGAUCAUAUAUGCACAGCAUCAACACCUGCAGCCAGCUGCACCACGGCAAUGCCACUAACGAGUCGCAGCUGUUAGUGGAGCAUCUGCCCUGGAGGGCUGAGAUGCCUAGCUGUUCUGACCGAGCGAAGGCAUUGGUGUGCCCGGGAGCGCAGGGGAGGCGGAAGCAAGUGGUGGAUCCGAGGAGGGUGAACAUGGUAUCAGUGCACCGUGUGGAGGACCCUUGGGAUGCGUAUGGAGUGGACUGGAAUGCCUCGUUUGCCGAGCCUUUGCCGAAGCUGAUGCAUUUCCAAGGGCUUCCUGUGAGGAAGCCUGUCAAUGUGCGAUGUAGGGAUGUGAAGGAGGGGCCUCUGAAGGAGGGAGAGGUGGUGGAAGAUGGGAAGGUUUUGGAUUUUACGUUUCGAGAUUUUGUUGCUAGUGCUUUGAAUAAAGUUGGUUGA